CCCUUGAGCUCGCUCCCACACCUUCGGUCAAAUCAGCACAACACACAUCUUUUUCCUGCUGCUUUAGCCUACUUCUCGCCGUAGCCUCGCGCAUUAUCAGCGCUCUGCCGACAUGAGCAGAAGCGUCAAAUUCCGGCGGCCGUCGCCCAACGGCCACUACAACGACCACCAGCGGAGUGAUUCUGGCUUUAGCGACUGCGAAAGCCGCACUUCGAACCCCGACCACGACUACGUGAUCCCCGGCUUUGAGGAUCACGGCCUCUACAGCAUCCGCCAAGCCCUCGAGACCACGCGACAGGAGAGCGAAAGAUGGCGGGCCAAGGCCGAAGAGCUCGAGGAGAAGCUCAAGGAGAUGAAGGAACUUCGCAACGAGCUUGAACAGACGAAAGCCCACAUGGCGGGGUUGGCAAACGAGAAUCAAGUACUGGCGCACGAAAACAACUCGCUCACCAAGGCCAACAAGGACUUCGUCGAGCAGAACGCCCAACUGCAGGAGACCAUCAAGGAGCUCAAGAAGGCCAACCGGAAGAGCAGCGGCACCUCGUCGCCGCCCUCGGCAUCUAGUGCCGCCGCGUCCGAAUCAUCAGACGAAAAGAAGGUGCGCCGGAGCUCAAGCCGGCGACCCAAGGAAUCGAGGGCCGAAAAAGACAAGGAACGCGAACGGGAAAAGGAACGCGACAAGGAGCGUGAGGUGCGCGAACGCGAGCGCGAGCGGCGCAAGGAGAAGGAGAGAGAGAAGGAACGAGCCCUUCAGGUUCAGGAUGAGACAGAGCGCCUGCGCAAGCGCUUCGACACAACACGCGGGGACGAGAGCGACGCCAAGAGCAGCAGCACAUCAGUCAGGAGCCAACGCGGGCGGCGCGACAGCUACAUCGAGCCGCUCGGUCACGCCACGCCCCGUCCAGCAGCGCCCGUGCCUCCGUCGCCAUCGCGGACGUACUCGUCGUACCCGACCACCACCGCACCGGCCUACUCAACAGCGCCCGCAUACUCGAGCAUCCGCGAGCCCUUUGGUACCGCAACAGCAGCGCGGUCGCUCCACCCGACAGUCUACGUCUCGGCGGAUGAAUACAGUGGUUACGGAGGAGCAGUCGACAAUGAUGACCCCUCUUAUCACACACAUCCGCAUUCGCGAUCUACACGGCAUCCGAGGUCAUAACCCCGCGACUUGAGCACGCGACAAGAUGCGACGGCAACGCAUCCUGUUCGGGUUCGUCCCAGCCUUGCAUUCUUCAUUCCAAGCCGCCGAUUGGCGGUACCUGCACCCCAGACAUGCAGCCCUGCGAUGCGGAGUUUUGAGCUUCAAGAUCGG